CUCUUGUUUUUAGAGGCGAUACCAGUCACCUGAACAGCAGGAGGUGUGUGCAAUUCUAACACUGACCCACUAGGUGGCGCCUGACAGCGAUCCUGCCCCUGGAAGUACACUGACCGUGCAAAGGGAGCUGUAAUGAAUGACAAGCUCGCUGGAUGUCGACAAGGCAACCUCUCCUAAUACACACAUAGAAGCGGCAAUGGAAGGAAAGAGCUCAGCUGGUCUACAGCCAGGGGGCGACCACUUCUAUUACUUUGCUUAUGGGAGCAACCUGCUAAAAGAGCGGAUCCUUCUAGACAACCCGUCUGCUGCAUUCCACUCCAUAGCCAUGCUCAAGGACCACAAGCUUGCAUUUGGCACCCACAAUGGCAACCGGAACUCUCGAUGGCAUGGAGGAGUAGCUACUGUCAUUGAGAGUAAGGGAGAUGAAGUCUGGGGAGUUGUGUGGAAAAUGGACAUUUCCAGCUUGGAUUCUUUGGACAUCCAGGAGGGUGUUGGAGGUGGGGUUUAUCAACCGAUAGAGAUCAACGUUCAGACAUCAGAAGGAGAUCUUGUCUGCCGGUGUUAUCAGAUGAAUAAAUAUGUUUAUGGACUGACAUCUCCUCAGUACAAGCAGGUCAUGUGCAUGGGAGCAAAGCAGAACAGAUUACCUCUUCAGUACCAAAAGAUGUUAAGAGACCUAGAAACCAACAACUACUCAGGCCCAAUUCCAAUCAUGAAUAGAUUAAAAGAGGCUAUACAAGAAGUACAAGAAGACGGAUGAGUUGCAGUUUCUUAGUAGUCUCAGUAGUUUUACAGUUUUAACAUAUAUAUUUAUUCUAGAAUCUUUUAUUUUAUUUUGGGUAAAUGUAAAAGAUAAAAUAAAGAUAAGGUUUGUAUUUACAUA